GGCCAUAAUAUUUUUUUUUCUUCAAUUCGAUAAUUUUUAAUUGAAUUAACUUUAACAAAACAACAUUUUUUUUAUUCAUAUAAUUGUGUUUAGUAUUUUAUGGCAGUACAAAAUUUUUAUCAAAACAGAACAAAAAAAAUUAUGGGAUUAUCAUCUGCUGCUCGUGGUCAUAUGCGUCCAUUUGGUGGUCGUAGUCCACCAUUUCUUGUUGCAACAUUAUGUGUUGGUCUUUGUGUUCUUGGUGUUAGUUAUUGGCGUCUUGGUAUCCAAUAUAAUGAUCUUGAAAGUCAACUUUUACGUUUGAUACAGAAAAAAAAUUCAUUAGAAGCAGAUGUAUCGUUCAUUAAUAAACAAUUGGAAUCACGUGAAGAAAAUUUUAGUAAAGCUAAAGUAAAUUUACAGAAUACAGAAAAUGAUUUAACUAAUCUAAAGAAUCAAUUUGAUGAACAAUCGGAAAAAUUAAAAACAAUGCAAAAAACUAAUGAAAAUUUUGAACAUUCGAUGGAUGAUCAACGAAAACAGUUGGAAGCAAAAGAAACAAUCGUCAGUGAAUUACGCAAACAAAAUCAAGCUUUGUUGGAUGAAAAUCAAAAACUUAAAUCUGAUUAUACUGAAGUAAAAUCACGUUUAGAUUCGACAUCAAAAUUAUCGAACAAAAAUGUUGAUGAUUCUAAUUCUAAUUCUAAUUCAAAAGCUCAACAACAAUUACAAACAAACAAUAUGGAACAAUCUAAAUCCAUAAAUGUGAUACAUUCACCACCAUCAUUGAAUAAUAAUCAGGCUGCAUCAUUAUCCAAAUCAUCAUCAUUACCAUCAUCGAUGGAUUCGAAUAAGAAUAUUAUUCCUGCUCCCGGUAUUGUUGCCGAAGCACAAUCUUCACAAUCACAAGCUAUUCCAGAAACGGCAAAAGAACAACCUCCUCAACAAAAUUCUGAUCAAAAAGAUCAUUCAAAUGAACAAAUUCAAAAACCAAAAAUUGAUCCUGUUAUAAAAUUAAUUAAAAAUAAUGUAGGAUUAUUGGAUAAUAAUGAUCAUCAAAGGCAACCAAAAUCGCAUCUGUUCUUUGUAAUUUAUUUUUAA